GCAGCAUCCAAGAGAUUUUCGUUCGUUAUUGGGGCAAUGUCGAAGUUGGGUGCAGCCCAUUCACUGCCCAAAAUAGUUAAUUUGCAGAAGAAAGUUCUCAAAUACGGCAUUCUCGGAGUUCCUUUCGGCAAAGGACAGAAGAAAGACGGAGUUCAGGAUGGAGCCGAUGCAAUCAGGAACUCAGGACUUCUGGCAAGACUUCAACGGCCAGGUGAACACCUCGAAACGCUGUGAAGUGAAGGAUUACGGUAACGUGGUAUGGCCGGAGGUGCAGCCACUCCAACACAAGUUCAACAUCAACAAUCUGGAACACGUGGCUGCUUGCCACAAAGAGGUGUCGCGGCGCGCGCGCGCCGUGCUGCACGAGAGCGACGUGUGCGUGGCGCUGGGCGGCGACCACUCGCUCAGCCUGGGCAGCGUGGACGGCCACGCGGCGGCGCGGGGCGAGCUCGCCCUGCUGUGGGUGGACGCGCACGCCGACGCCAACACGCCCGACACGUCCCCCAGCGGCAGCGCGCACGGCAUGCCCGUGUCCCUGCUGGCGCGCGAGCUGGCCGCCUGCUGGGCCCCCGUGCCGCCGCUCGGCUGGCUCGCCACCAGGCUGCCUGCAAAGAAUAUAGCAUACAUAGGUCUUCGUAGUGUCGAUGAGUAUGAAAGGAUUCUGCUGGAGAAAUUCAACAUAACUGCAUUUACCAUGGAGGAUGUGGAACGGCUUGGCAUUGCCAGUGUAACUGCAAUGGCUUUGCAGAUGAUUGAUCCAAAACUGGAGCUGCCUCUUCACGUCAGUUUUGACAUUGACAGUUUGGACCCGCUAGAGGCUCCGAGUACAGGAACUCCAGUGCGCGGCGGCCUAACCUUGCGGGAAGGACUGCACGUGAUGGACGAAGCGUUCCGAACAGGCCGACUGUCUGCUGUCGACCUGGUGGAGGUGAACCCGAAGAUCGGCGACCAGCGGGAUGUCACCAAUACCAUAGAGGCUGCGAUUAAAAUACUUGAGGCAGCAUGUGGCCACUCUCGACGUGGCAACUAUCCUCAGUGACAAUCAUGUCAAUAAGUUGACUUACUAAAAAAAACUUUACAAACAAACACUGACAAACACAACCUCCACACAACAAAUAGUGUGUUGUGUUGUGAUAAGCUUAAUCUGACUAGAGCUUUAAUGCAUGUGACCAGUGUUGAGACCACGUCACAAUGUCAGAUGCAUUCAUCACCACCUGCCAGCAACAGAAUAGAAAUGUAAUUUUUUUGUUUUGAAAUUUAAUUGCGGAGUUAAUAUUGUGGUAUAUGUAAUACUCGAGUUAAAAAACAAAUAAAAGUUAUUUGCCACUUA